AUGCAAAAGAAUACGGGAGCCCUUCCCAGAUGGUUGAGCAAAGGUGAAGUUGGAGGCAUCAACAACGUCAUUCUUGCUCACAUGGUUAGCUCCGGAUUUCGUGUGGACACCAACGAAGCCUUCAAGGUGAUUUACAAAAUUCCACGAAACUUUCAAAAGUCCCUGGGUGAGCGUUUGCUAACAACAGUGGAAGCAACCGCUCUGCGGUUGAGGAAGCUGGUUCAAUGCGCGAAAAAGGACCUCCCGCAAGCCCCCAGCAUGGCAUGGCCAACAGUUACAAAACUUCUGCAAAUAUUCCCAUUCUUAAGUUGA